CAAUGCAAAAAUGCCGCUAGAGGGCGUCGGUGUGUUUCUACGAAGAAAUCCGAUUGGAACCGAACUUGCGAAAAACCAAAACAAACCCACGUGUUUGACCCGUUUGACCAAAAUUGUUUUCAUCUUUUGGGAAAAAAGAAAAUAAAGAAGAUUCUCUGAAAAUAUGUCGGGAGGAGAGGAAAAUAUUGAGAAAAUCAUGGAUGGAGAAGAAGUAGAAGAGAAGGAAGAAGUUGGCGGAGAGGGAGGUCCAGAGGAAGAGCAGAAAGAUGAAUUUGCCUACAUCAAUCAGGGAUUUACAUCAGAAAUCUUCAAGAUUGAGGUCAGGAACCUCCCAAAACACUACGGAGUAGGGGAACUCAGAAAACUUCUGCAAAAGCUCAAUUUGGAUUUUGCCAAAGUCAAGCUGGUGAAGAAGAACAAUCCCUGGGUGUACAUUUGUUUCCGUUCCACUGAAACACGUGACGAGGGGAUACGCGUUCUCAACGGGAUGAAAUGGAAGGGAUGCGAAUUGGCGGCAUCAGAAGCAAAACCCGCUCCUGAUCCACUUGUGAGGAAACGCAAUGCAGCUGGUCAGGAGGGAACAGCUGGAAAGAGAGCUCGUACCAUUGCUGAAUGCACCACCGCCCUGGCACAUCUCUCGUAUGAGGAGCAGCUGAAGCAGAAGCAGUCAGAAGUGGAGAAUUUACUGAAGAAGUUCUCAGGGGAACAUUGGCACGCCUGUCGGAGUCAGAGGGAAGAAAUUGAGGCAGCUCGCAGAGAAUUCGAUGGGCUUCCGUGCAAACUUGAGACAAUUCGGGGUUCCCCACUGAUUUCCGGAUACCGCAACAAGUGCGAAUUUUCCGUGGGAAAAGAUUCCAAUGGGGAUGACACUGUGGGAUUCCGCUUAGGGAGCUACAACAUGGGAUUUGUAGAAGUGUGUCCUAUUGAUGAGUUGAAGCACAUUCCGGACAGAGUGAAGAUGGCUGUACGACUCUUCCAGCAAUUUGUUCGCUCCUCCAAGCAUGAUGUAUUCAAUCCGGAGCAGCAAACAGGAGUUUUCCGGCAACUUGUUACACGUCUCUCCUUUACAACCAACGAAAUUAUGUUGAUUGUGGGGAUUAAUGGGAAAACCCUGGGCGAUGGAGAAGAAGCCCAAGAGCUGAAGAAGAGCAUUCGGGAAUUUUUCACGGAGAAAGAAGGAAAAAUCCUCAAUGUAACAUCACUGUUUCAUCAGCAAAUGAUGAAAAAGGACAAGGACAACAAGAAGGACACAUUGGAGCUCCUUCAUGGGAAACCCCACAUUACGGAUGAAAUUCAUGGCCUUAAAUUCCGCAUUAGUCCUGAAUCCUUCUUCCAAAUCAACACUCCUGCUGCGGAAGUUCUCUACAGCAGUAUCAUUGAACUUGGGGCUGUUACGAAGGACACUACAGUGUUGGACAUUUGCUGUGGUGCCGGGACAAUUGGGAUAUGCUUUGCAAAGUACUGCAAACGUGUUCUUGGUGUGGAGAUCAUCGAGGAAGCUGUCAAAGAUGCCAAAUUCAAUGCAGAAACCAACAACAUUGACAAUGUUGAAUUCUUCGCGGGGAAUGCCGAUGAUUUCAUCUUUAGCCUCAUGAAUCGACCAGGAGUAUCAGACGGAGAUGUCCUGGCUGUUGUGGAUCCUCCACGUGCUGGUAUCCACGUGAAAUCCCUCACACAGCUACGGAAUGCCCGGAAGCUCAAUCGCUUGAUUUAUGUGUCGUGCAAACCGAAAUUUGUCACGAGAAAUUGGCUGGAUUUGAUGCGUCCGUGCUCGAAGACAAUGAAGGGAGCUCCGUUCAAGCUGAAAAAAGCCCUAGCUGUGGACAUGUUCCCGCACACACCCCACAUGGAGCUUAUUCUUCUCUUUGAACGAACCACCAUCGAAGAAACGAAGGAAUAAUUCGAAGGAGUAAACGAAGGAACACGGUGAAGUUUCGACAGCAAAACAUUCAUAAAAUAAAGAGAAAAAGAGUCCAGUAAAAA